GCCCGCGGAGCCGGAGGAGGCGGAGCUGGAGCUGUCCCGGCUCCCGAGCGGGGAAGCAGCCGAAGGGGCGGCGCGGCGGCGGGGGAGGCUAGCAGGCGGUGCCUGCAGCGCCGGGAGAGCGGCGCCGUGGGGUGGGCGCUCCCGGCGAGAGGUGUCCGCUCCAUGCGUGCUGGCCCAGCCCGGCCCCUGCGAGCCGCAGACAUGAAGAAAGACGUGCGGAUCCUGCUGGUGGGAGAACCUAGAGUUGGGAAGACAUCACUGAUUAUGUCUCUGGUCAGUGAAGAAUUCCCAGAAGAGGUUCCUCCCCGGGCAGAAGAAAUUACCAUUCCAGCUGAUGUCACCCCUGAGAGAGUUCCAACACACAUCGUAGAUUACUCAGAAGCAGAACAGAGUGAUGAACAGCUUCAUCAAGAGAUAUCACAGGCUAAUGUCAUCUGCAUAGUUUAUGCAGUUAACAACAAACAUUCUAUUGAUAAGGUAACAAGUCGAUGGAUUCCUCUCAUAAACGAAAGAACGGACAAAGACAGCAGGUUGCCUUUGAUACUGGUUGGGAACAAAUCUGAUCUAGUGGAAUAUAGUAGUAUGGAGACCAUCCUUCCCAUUAUGAACCAGUACACAGAAAUAGAAACCUGUGUGGAGUGUUCAGCAAAAAACCUGAAGAACAUAUCAGAGCUCUUUUAUUAUGCACAGAAAGCUGUUCUUCAUCCUACUGGGCCCCUGUACUGCCCAGAGGAGAAGGAGAUGAAACCAGCCUGUAUAAAAGCCCUCACUCGUAUAUUUAAAAUAUCUGAUCAAGAUAAUGAUGGCACUCUCAAUGAUGCUGAACUCAACUUCUUUCAGAGAAUUUGUUUCAAUACUCCAUUAGCUCCCCAAGCUCUGGAAGAUGUCAAGAAUGUAGUCCGGAAACAUAUAAGUGAUGGUGUGGCUGACAGUGGAUUGACAUUGAAAGGUUUUCUAUUUUUACACACACUUUUUAUCCAGAGAGGGAGACACGAAACUACUUGGACUGUGCUUCGACGAUUUGGUUAUGAUGAUGAUCUGGAUUUGACACCCGAGUAUUUAUUCCCUUUGUUAAAAAUACCUCCUGAUUGCACUACUGAAUUAAAUCAUCAUGCGUAUUUGUUUCUCCAGAGCACCUUUGACAAACAUGAUUUGGAUAGAGACUGUGCUUUGUCACCUGAUGAGCUUAAAGAUUUGUUUAAAGUUUUUCCUUACAUACCUUGGGGACCAGAUGUGAAUAACACAGUUUGUACAAAUGAAAGAGGCUGGAUAACUUACCAGGGAUUUCUUUCCCAGUGGACGCUCACGACCUACUUAGACGUCCAGCGAUGCCUAGAGUAUUUGGGCUAUCUAGGCUAUUCUAUAUUGACUGAGCAAGAGUCUCAAGCUUCAGCCAUUACAGUAACAAGAGAUAAAAAGAUAGACCUUCAGAAAAAACAGACUCAAAGAAAUGUGUUCAGAUGUAAUGUGAUUGGGAUGAAAAACUCUGGGAAAAGUGGAGUCCUUCAGGCUCUUCUUGGAAGAAACUUAAUGAGACAGAAGAAAAUUCGUGAUGAUCAUAAAUCCUACUAUGCGAUUAACACUGUUUAUGUAUAUGGACAAGAGAAAUACUUGUUGUUGCAUGAUAUCUCAGAGUCGGAAUUUCUGACUGAGGCUGAGAUCAUUUGUGAUGUUGUGUGCCUGGUAUAUGACGUCAGUAAUCCCAAAUCCUUUGAAUACUGUGCUAGGAUUUUUAAGCAACACUUCAUGGACAGCAGAAUACCUUGCUUAAUCAUAGCUGCAAAAUCAGACCUACAUGAAGUUAAACAAGACUAUAGUAUUUCACCUGCUGAUUUCUGCAGGAAACACAAAAUGCCUCCACCACAAGCCUUCACUUGCAAUACUGCUGAUGCACCCAGUAAAGAUAUCUUUGUUAAAUUGACAACAAUGGCCAUGUACCCCCAUGCCCGGUUACGCUGUAUGUGCACCUGCAACAGGUGUACAUUUUGCAUCUGUCAGAACUUCCUCAACUCAGACUUGCUGCAAUCUGUAAAGAACAAAAUCUUCACUGCAGUUCUUAACAGUUUUAGUUCUGCCCUUUAGAACAACAUACGACUAUUCUACUCCCUCUUCAACAUAGCAAUCCAUCAGACAUUUGAAGACGGCCAUCAUGUCUCCCCUAAUUUUCUCUUCUCCAGGUAGAACAUCCCCAUUUCUUUCAGCCUUUUCUUAAAUUAGAUGGUUUAGUGACCUCACCAGUCCUGAUUGUCCGCAGCUGUGAAAGCCCUUUUGGUUUUCAGAGUUCCUCUUAAAAGAGGUGCCACUGAGAAUGGAGAGCAGUGCUCUAGGUGUGAUGGGGCUGGUCCAGAACAGUGGGUAGUCAUGUUCCACAGUUAGGACAGCACCUGUCUGCUGCAUGAAUUAACUUUUUUAGCAGCCCAUCCCACUGUUGAUGCAUAUGAAUUUUGGGGCUCAUUGAAAUCAGAUCUUUUUUCAUAUGAAGUACUAUUAAGGCAGUGUCCCCUCCUCUCUAAUUGUGUACUUGACAUUUUUAGUUGACUCUUUGAAUAUAAACACAGAUACAUAUAUAUCUCUAUUAAAUGUCAUAUUCUUCUUUUUGAUCCAUUUGUUCUAGCUCAGUCAUUUCAAACAUUAUUUCUGUCAUUUGUCCCAUUAUAUAUCUCUCUUGGCAUUGUGUUAUUUGCAAACUUGGUAGAUAUGUCUUCUUUAUCUUUCAAGUUAUUGAUAAAAAAUAAUGUUGAAUACCCAAAGAUUGGAGAGAGAGGGGGAGCCAAAGCCAGCAAGCCCUAAAGUAUUCCAUUGGAGAACUCUUUUCCCAAUGACACAUGUUUAAAAUUCUUGGGGAAAGAUUAUUCUGUAAAUUAAAAAUAUUAUUAUCCAGUCCAUAUUUUAUAUCUUAUUAUCUUACAAGAUAUUUCAUAGAGGGCUUUUUUGAAAUCAAUAUGUAUUUUCUAACACAGUCCUCUGAUCUACCAGUGCAGUAAUUUUAUCUAAAUAGGAAGUGACAUCUAUUUGGUGUCUUAUUCUUGGUGAACCCACCUUGGUUCCUAAUAAUUGCUAAUCAAAAACCAUCUACUUUAUUUGUUCUCAAAGAUCUUCAGUGUCCAUAAUUGCAGACUGAAUUCAUUGUCUGGAUCUUAGUGACAAUUUUAUUCUUAGGUCGAUUUAAUCUGCUUCCAAAUGAAAAAGGUUGGGUGUGUAUUAAUGGAUGAGCUUGCUCAUAAUAAAGUACUCUACAAUGAUCUUUGAAGGGAAAUCAGUAUAUUUUGUCAUAUCUAUUUAUAAACUAGAACUAAUUUGAUGGUAAUGUUAGCAUACAUCCCUGACAUCUAGUAAUCAAGAAUGGGAUGAAUAAAAAAGAGAAGGAGGGAAACCAACAUACCUUUCAAAGAAUUCCAUCUUGAUUUCUUGUAGUGUUUCAAAAUUUUAUAGAAGCACAGUGGAAAUUGAGGAGUUCUGUAUUGAAGUUUCUCCUUGUUUAUAAAAGGUUGUUGGUAAGGUAGGUGGGGGUAGAGCCCCAAAUCUUAAGUACCUAAGGGUCCGAGUAGUUAAUGUAAAUGAAGAAGGUGACCCAAGUAUGAGAAGUAAGAGACGUCGGGACUAUGAUAGGCCCUAUCCAAAAGAUGCAGCCACAGCUCAGCCCUGGCCUUUUGUUGUUGUCCAGGCUGAGUGUUGCCAGGUCUUCUGAUUCUGUGAGACACUAGAAAUCAAGAUUUUUUUUUUUUUGAAAUCUGGAUUUUUAUGUGAAAUUUCCUGCUAUUCAAAUAAUGGCAAGUAAAUUUAAGUCUUUAAAAGUACUCUUCAGAACAAAACAUGUUUACAGACCACCAGGUUGCAACCUCAGUCUUAAGAUAUGGCCUAGAGUUGUGAAAUUGCAGGCAAAAAAAAGAAAAAAGAAAAACAUACACCUAAGGAAUGAAAAUGUCUUUUUUCCCCUUCCUACCAACCAAAUUCUACUCCCUUUUUCAUGAAGAAUCUGAAAAAGUUGUGGGGUGAUGGGGUCACCUCCUUUCUCUACUAUCUCUCAGGUUGUGGCAGCCUUUGGUGGUGGGUCACUCUUGGUUUGCCACGCCAGAGAUAUCUUAAUUUUAUAAAGCAGAAAAAGGAUUGAUUAAUUGGGUGAAAGUCAUUUAGGAAUUUUUCACUGUAAUUCACUAGGGAGGAGUCUCCCACUCAACAGUAAGCCUUAAGUCUUUGGUUUUAGAAGCUUGCCACGUCUCGUGUUUGACUUAGAACUGUAAAAGAGUAGUUUUAAAAUUUUUAUUUAAGCAAAAUGUUCAUUAAAUACCUGCAAAGAAAUUAAUAGGCAGAUAUUGGUACAUACAUCUUGGUCUCAAAUUUAGUGCCUUCUUUAGUGUGCUUGUAAUAAACAUGUUGGUUGUUGAAGCAAAUCACUUCCAGAGAUAGUACAUGUUUGAGACAAUGGUCUCCCUAUACCUCCCCUUGCCCCUGUGAUUUAUUCAUUUGAAUCCUUAAGUUCCUGCUUUAGAUAGGAUCUGCUGUGACCUGGGGCAGAAUCUGAAGAUGAAGAAGAUUUGGACCUGCCUUUAAAUACUAUGUUUUCAGUAACCUUAGUCCCUCAGGCUACAAAAGGAAGUGUAAUAACCUGAUCAUGAGAGGAUUUAAGCCUAAUUAUAUUUAGGCAGUUCCCACAGAUUCAUUUCUGAAAUUAACCGUUUUUUCCCUAGCUGUCUGUCUUUGACCAGUAAACAUUGCCUCCCCCUUUUUUGAGCUUAUUUACUGACACUACAUCUUUUAAGUAGAGAGUAGUAAUAAAGUUUUUUUCUUUUUAAUGUAAUUGAAUAUAUAUUUCAAGAUGUGAAAUCAGUGUUAUUAUGUAUCUGAUAUGGAACUUUAGUAAUUAUGAUCUCACCCUUGUGAUCUGGACAGAUUUAUGUUUUUCUUUAGAAUAAUUUAUGAAUAAUGAAUUAUUGGAAUUUAAAUACAUUUGGAAGAUGAUUAAUGUGGUCAGAAUGAUUUUAAUCUGUGGCAAUGCUUUCAUUUCAAAUAGUGUAAAUUAUGGUACUGGGAAAAUAUGCCUUCUGAUUUUAUUUUAAUUUUAAUUACCUUUUGAAUCUGAAAGUUAAAAUGAUUAUGUAAGAGUGAGCUGGAUUGUUGGUUUGAACUACCCAGGAUUUUAGUUAUCAAGUAUUUAUUAUUCCAACUUCAGAAGACUCCUACUUUGCAUGAGGAUGUUACUGUACUGCAAUGUGCUGUGGACUUUAAUUUGUCCUUUCCUUUAGGUGUUCAUUUUAAUUUGUAUGUCUGUGUCACUUAGUCAUUUUUUUUAACUUCUCUCAGUCCCUAUCCCAGCUAAUUUCUGUGUGUAAUCCUCCCACUUUUCCUAACCUAUAAUUUAAUCAGAAUUACUUUAUAAUUUCUUAUUUUGGUGUGAUUUUCUUUGGUACGUAUUUUGGUUUUAGGAUUUCUCUCAUCCCAUUUUAUUAUUUGUAUCGACCAUAUAAAUUAUUUGUUCUUAAGUUUAGUAGCAGCAUUUUACUUUAGCGACCAACUGCAUAGUUCACAUGAGUAUUUACAGUGACCCAGAGGUAUGAUGGACAGUCAUUAUUCUCAGUGAAUUCUUUAAUUUUUUUAAUGCAUUUUUUAAAUUGCAUGUAUGUGGCAUUUAUUUUAAGCCAUUUAUUAGUGACAUUUGCCCAUAUUGUUUUAAUAAUCACCUAAGUUGCUCCUUCAUGGACUUUAAAACUGUGUGACUUAAUAAGAACCCGUUUUUUGAAGAAAGAUUUUAUUGUCACACUGAAAUGAACUGCCUUUUCAUAGGUUUGCCUUAAGAAGAGGAUAAGUACCUAGAAAUCUUAAUGUAACACAGUCUUCUGGAAAUGUUAAGAGUUCUUAGAAUAUUAUGGUAAACUGUUGUAUCCAAAAAAGCCUGUCCUGUGUUUUAGUUUCAUAUGAAACUUCUCUGUUCCCUUGUAUCAAAGUCCUUACAAGGCUUUUCUUUUAAUUAGGAUACGUAGUCUUAUGUUUAAAAUUAUACAAGAGUUUAUAUUAUAGAUUCUCCUUAAGUAAGCUGCUGCUUGCUUAUACAUUUUAAAUUUUUGCCAUUUGUUAAGAGUAUUAAAGUUUGCCACAAGGUGGAGUUUACCUGCUCUGAUCUUUAAGUAUCAGUAGGUUACAUAUAAAUAUUAUAUGUUUCCCAUAUAUCUAGGAUCAUUUAUAAUUUUGGUUCUUCUAAUGCUUGGUGAAACAUUUCUUGACAUUGAUGCACACUUAAUGCCCUUUUCCAAAGUAUGUUACUAUUUAGGCAUGCUCAGUUAACAUGAUUUCAUAUGAUUUGUGUUGCAAUUUAUCUUUGUUGAAUACUAUAUUUUGACUUCUUAAUCUGUUUUGAGAACUAUCUUAUUAAGAGAUUUCAUGUCUGCUAGUUCAAUUAGAACUGUCAUUAUUAAAAUUAUUAUUAAAAAUAGUGGCAUCAUUAUUAGAAAUGAAUGUAUAAGAUACUUCACCAGGCAGAAACAAAACACCAAGAAAACUUUGAGAGGAAUAACAGCAGGGAGGCCCAGAAGACUUUAAAAAAGCAAGUGAAAUACUUAAAAACAGAACACUUAACUAUAGUUUUGGUGACCUCGGUAUAAUUUUCCACUUGAGCUAUGAAAUUUCAACGAGGAAAAAGCUGUGUGUGCUAUCUAUGAGCCCUAGUAACUACAUUACAUGCAUUACAGUUACAUAGGCAGUUGCAAAGUAUUAACUUAAAAAUUCAUACUUGAAAUACAUAUGUGGAUAGAAAGAACAUUCAUAUUCCUACAUUUGUGUACCUCUGAUUUGGGUUUGGUAAGAUGAGAAGAAUGCAAUCUAAGAAAUUCACAUUUAUUUCUGAAAAGUUGUACAGGACGGCUGGUAAAAGUGCCUGGGUGGAACUGCUCUUUCUGCUCUUGAGUCUGCUCCACUGAACUUUUCUUUCUUCCUCAUCAUAGCCUGCAACUGAUAUCUGGACCUUUCUGAAUGUUCCCCCCUCCUUAAAUUGUAAUUUUUGCAGAUAUUUAGGUCUCUGCAAUAUAGUUUUUAUACCCCAGACCUAAAGUCCUGGGACACGUUAUAAAAAACAAUAUUAAAAAUGCUCUAUUUGGGAAUAGCUAGAAUGGUUUAAUUCCAUUAAGCCCUUUAGAAUUUGAUUAUUUUGUUUUUGUUUUUGUUUUUUUUUUAUAAAUUUUUUUUUAAAUUUUCAUUUAUUUCUGAUAGUCACAGAGAGAGAGAGAGAGAGAGGCAGAGACACAGGCAGAGGGAGAAGCAGGCUCCAUGCACCGGGAGCCCGACGUGGGAUUCGAUCCCAGGUCUCCAGGAUCGUGCCCUGGGCCAAAGGCAGGCACCAAACCGCUGUGCCACCCAGGGAUCCCAGAAUUUGAUUAUUUUGUUUCUAAAUAUUGCAACUGAUACCAUUCCUCCUAUUAUUGCUCAAAUACAUUGAACCAAUAAAAAUUUUAACUCCUAUUUUUAUAUAUAUCAUAAAUUACAGAGUGAAUCAAAAGUAUCUUGUAUGCCUUCUUUAAGGCAUUCUGUGUAAAGGUACAUAGGAAUUAUGGUCACUCUGUUAUAUGCCUUGUGUGAUUGUUUACACAAACACUUCUUAAUUUAGGUCUUUAUUGCCUGAAGUUUGAAACCUUUCCUUCCCUCUGCCGUAUUAAGUAGCAGCAUAGCAGCCGACUGGCUGGCUGAAUUGGUAGAGCAUGUACCUAUUGAUCUCCAGGUUGUGAGUUCAAGCCCCACAUUGGGCAUUUAAAAAAAAAAAAAAAAGGUGCUUGUUAUCUGAUAGAUGUAUGGGCCCUUAGCACUUCUAAGCAGAAAACCAGCAUCUGAUAUGGAAGAAAUUUCCACCUAAGAGCUCAGAAGCUCUGCAAAGCUUCAGAUGAUUAAUUAAGGAAUAUAUUCCAGUAUUUAGGCAUUAUUUCUUAUGUUCUAAAACGAGAUACUGCUGAACUAAAUUAUUGUACGUAGAGAAGGAAAAUCUGAUUCUGGUAUAUCAAUAGAUUUUUUUAAAAAGAAUUUUUAUACACACAUGCACACACAUUUUUGACCUUUAAUACUCAUUUUUGAGAAGUCUUUUAAGGAAACUAUACUAAAUACAGAGAGAAAUUGUCUGUAGAAGGAUAUUUACCACUUAUAGUCACCAGUAAAUGGAGACAGUCACCUACAGAGGAAUGGGAUAUAAUAAGGCUGUUUAAAAUGAUGUUUCUGGGGGUGCCUGGGUGGCUCAGCCACUUAAGCAUCUGCCUUUGGUCCAGGUCAUAAUCCAGGGUCCUGGGAUCAAGCCCCACAUUGGGCUCCCUGCUCAGUGGGGAGUCUGCUUCUCCCACUGCCCCUCUACCUGCUUGUGCUUGCUCUCUCUCAAAUAAAUCUUUUAAUAAAAUAAAAUGAUGUUUCUGUAAUUUAUGAAAAAUCCUUACAUAAUAGUAAAUUUUUUAAGGAUAUAAAAUUAUAUAAAUUAUACAUAUUGUGUUUGCAGCUAUGAAAGAAACACAUAGAAAAAGUCUAAAAAAAAAAAAGUCUAAAAAGAAAUACCCAAAGUUUUAAUUAGUUGCCUUAGGUGAUGGGACUCUAGGUGAUUUUUCUUCUUCCCACUUUUAUUUUCCUUGUAUCUUAUAAUGAGCCUAUAUUACCUUUCUGACAGUAAAAAAUAAUAAUAAUAAUAAACUAAAAAAAUAUGCCAUAAGAUAAUUUAUUCUAAGAAGAUAUGUGAGUCAUUUUUUAAAGAAUUAUACUUUUGAAUUGCAGAGUUUCUUUUUGCUUGAGUUUAGAAAUGAACUAGAAAGCAGCUUUAUGAAAAGCUCUGAGCUUGAGACUUGAAAUGACAAACAUGACUCAGUUCUUAUAGUUAUGGAAUACAAUUAAGAUCGUCACGUUGUUCUCUAUUCAGGUGUUGUCAGUCAGCUAAGCAGUGAUAAAUGUGCCAUCCAUUUGCUUUCUCAUAUAGAGAGAGCCUGAUUAGUGCAGCUUUUAAAUGCACGUGCUAACGGUAUGAAAUAGGUCUCUAAGUCGCUUUCCGUGUCUACCAGUGUCUUAAAUAACCAUUAUAUCAUUGAUGGAGUCAUUGAAGUAUAUCUUAGGAGUUAAAGUUGCCUUAAGAUUUAAACUAGCUGUAUCUUGACUAUGUAUCUAUAUUGUUUCUCAUAUAUGAAUAUGAACUGCUGUUCUGCCUAUUGAAGGCUGUACUGUAGCUUGGGGAAAACCAUAAUCACUAUCUUGAAAUGUAAAGGUAAACUAAGCAAUAAAGUCAGAAUAUAUUCAUGAAUGGUAAUACUUUCUUAAAAUACAACAAAGGGAGCUGUGUGAAACUGAUUCCCAUACUUGAAAAAUAUUUAUGAGAAAUCAUUUUGACUGAUUUUAAUGUGAUGACAGCUAGUUUUAAUCCUAACCCCUUUCUUCCCUAAAUUAAAACAUAAAUGUAAAAAAAUCUUUUGAAAGUCCUUCACCAGUAAAGAUGCAUAAAAAUCAGAGAGACCAAAGCUGAAGCAAAAGCUCUAACGCCCUUAUAGCCUAUGUUCUCACUUUAAAUUCUAUGCAUCUUUAUUGAUUUGGAGUUCUAAACUUUGAAACUCUCAUCAUAGAUCUAUGAUAGUCCCUGAGUUUGGGGCAUUGGGCUCAAUUUUUUUAUAGAUAUAUGUUUGCAGUUAUUGGUAGUCUGCAAUUAGAAGCAUCAAUAAAUGUCAUAACUAAUAGUUGUUAGCUUCAUUUUUAAUGAAAACUUGUGGUCACCACAUACUGUGAGGUACUGCUUAGGUACUGGUUUCAAGGGCUUCAUUUAGUGUGUCAGAUCCACCAGGACUAGCCUCUAAGGGAUAUGUAGAGAAUGUCUAUAACAGCCGUAGGUUUUCUUGUCUGGUAUGGGAGUGUUUUUAAAAAGUACACAUAGAUUUUUUUUUUUUGAAGUUUGGCAGUUUGUUACAGAAUACAUUUAUUUUAAAUAUAGAAAGCAUGAGAUGCAUCAUAUUAGGGUGGCAACUCAAUUUAUGUGUGGGAUGUUUAAUUGAGAGAUGUUAUUUUCAGUCCCCUUCUUUUGUGAGCUCUGCUGUGAACUGCAAACUGUGUGCAUGUGUAUAAAAGGUUAAGAGCCCGGGUAGCUGAGUGGGGUGCCAUGCUGUUAGCAGACGAUGAAAGCAGUAUUACCCACCAGGUGCACGCCGUCAGCUCUGUAGAAGAUUCCAUCUUCAUGGAGUCAUCUCAUGGUCCAC